UCAGCCGGCCACCCCCUUUUGCAGGGAAGGGAGCCGUUAGCAAAAGCCACGUUGCCCCCCAGCAGGUCCAUUUGGGUGGAUUUAUGAGAAAUUCCAGAGGAAGAGGCCUCUGGUUGUCAACAUUAUGGACUCUCUUAAAUUGUGGAUGGUCAGAAUGGGUAUGAGAAGGGGAAUCCUUUCUGCAGCCAUCCUUGAUGACGGAUUACUAAACUAAGCUUCUGGACUACAACGUUUCUGUUCAAGGUCUUCAAGAAUUUCGACAAGGAUAAGAAAACACGUCAAAUCUUACAAUAACAGGCAAUCGUACUGAAGAAGAAUCCCUGUGAAUAUAUCCUUGUGACUCAUUAGACACCAAAAACAAAAUGGCUUUGAUGCCUAUGAAAUUUGACUUGGCCAAACGGGUCAAGCUUGCCCAAGGACUGUGGCUCCUGUACUGGCUCUCUGUCAUGGCUGGAAUCCUCAUCUUCAGCAUGGGGAUAUUCUUCAAGAUCGAGCUGCGCAAGAGAAGCGAGAUUAUGGAUAACAAUGAGAGUCAUUUCGUGCCCAACCUGCUCAUUCUGGUGGGACUUGUGGCCUGUGGUGUCAAUGCUUUUGGGGGCAAAGUGUGCCAUGACUCCCUUGACACAGUCAAGUUCACCAAGUGGAAACCUCUAUUGAAGAUGUACAUGUGUGGAUGUGUGGUCUUCUGCAUCGCCCUCUUUGUCACGGCUCUGCUGUGUUUCUUGAUGCAGAUCUCUCUGCACUUCGCCCUGGCUGAAGGCCUGAAGAAUGGAAUGAAGUACUACAAAGACACAGACACGCCGGGACGAUGCUUCAUGAAGAGAACACUGGAUAUGACCCAAAUUGAGUUCCGUUGCUGCGGCAACAACAACUACAAGGAUUGGUUCGAGAUCCAGUGGAUUAGCAAUCGCUACCUGGACUUCAGCAAUGAGGAAGUUAAAGACCGUAUCCAGAGCAACGUGGAAGGCAAAUACUUGAUGGAAAGCGUUCCCUUCAGCUGCUGCAACCCUGGCUCCCCUCGCCCCUGCAUCCAGCAUCACCUGACCAACAACUCUGCUCACUACAGCUACGACCACCACACUGAGGACCUAAACAUCUGGACCAGAGGUUGCCGUGAAGCCCUGGUGUCCUACUAUGGAGGCAUGAUGAACAGCAUUGGUGCUUUUUGCUGCUGUUCAUUGUUUUGCAGAAUGGGUAUGAAAAGGGGAAUCCGUUCUGCAGCCAUCCUUGAUGACGGAUUACUAAACUAA